CAAUACAACCUCCCGUGGAUGAAAAAUCAAAUCCCAAACCCUCGAUUCGCUUCCAUCCCCAAUUCCCAGACCGCAUGGACGAGCUCGCCGGCGGCCGCCGCCGCGCCGAUUCGUGUGCCCCGCUUCCGCUUCUCCCGGACGACAUGCUCGCGGAGAUCCUCCUCCGCCUCCCGCCGGAGCCCAUCCACCUCUUCCGCGCCUCCUUCGUCUCCAAGCACUGGCGCCACCUCGUCCACGACGCCCGCUUCCUCCGCCGCUUCCGCGAGUUCCACGGUGGGACGCCUCCCGUCCUCGGCUUCUUCAACAACCAGCCGGGGCCUUCCCUCUUCGUCCCCACCUCCGACGGCUUCGCGCCCGCACGCCCGUCCAAGAGGUCCACCGACGGCUGGUGGGCCCUCGACUGCCGCCACGGCCGCGCCCUCCUUGAAAAGAUGGGAUCCAGAAAGCUCCUCGUCUGGGACCUCGUGACCGGAGACCAGCGCUACCUACGGCAUCCCGCGGCCUAUCAGGGGAUUUACCACGGCACGGUUCUCUGCGCGACCGGCCAUGCCCACCACGGCGACUGCCAUUCGUGCCCGUUCCUGGUGGUGUACGUGUACAGUCGACGAAGUGAUUCUGCCAUCUGUGCUUGCGUCUGGUCGUCAGAGACCCGUGUCUGGGGUGAGGUCACCUCGAUUGUUAUACCAUCUCUAUCAGUUUAUCCCAAAUCUCCAGCUCUGGUUGGGAACACGCUCUAUUGGCUGCUGCAAAACUCUAGUAUCAUUGAGUAUGAUUUGGGUAAUCAUAUCCUGGGUCUAACUGAGGAGUUCCCAUACGAAGCUCGCUGUAGUUACCAGGGGAAUAUUGUCCUCAUGCCGACGGAGGAUGGACUGCUUGGUUUGGCUGGAGUACAAGGACUCAAUCUCCAUCUGUGGUCACUGGUGGCGAGUGUUGAUGGCCUGCCAACAUGGACGCAUCAAAGGGUCAUUGAUCUCAAGAAUUUUCUUGCGCCGGAGGUGGUGGCGGGAACCUUUAAUUAUUUGGUGGAGGCAAUUGGCUUUGCUCAAGAUGCUGGGGUGAUCUUCAUUUAUGUGCGCUCUAGCGUUUAUAUGAUCCAUCUCAAGUCCAUGCAGAUCGAGGAGGUCUCAGAGAAAGGGGACUAUGCCAACAUACUUCCUUACACAAGUUUCUAUGCUCCAGGAAUUACUAUUGGUGGUGGAGAUGAUCAAGCUGAAAUGUUGAACAAGAGUUGAGACGAUAUUGUUUUGUCACAUUUGCAGAGAUGCUUUGUUAGGUGCCUAGGUUAUCGGUCCUUUGUCUCUGUGAAGCACAACUUACUCAUCUCGGCUGCUCAAUCUUUUGCUUGUUGAUGCCCUAAAUGUUAGGCGCUUAAUACGUCUGAAUUCUUUCUAUGCAAGGAAUGGUGCCAAUUUUUCUUGUUUAACUAAAAUUAUAUGCUCCGUGGUUCAAUGGUUUGAAAAUUGUGAACCACUUGAUGCUUCAGUCUUUCGGAAGGAUUUAGAGUGUCGGGUGCAUCUUAAAGGCGCUGUCAUUUCACCUUCCUAGAUACAUCCGCACCUGUUUGAACCACAGGCGAACCAAGCUUUGCCAUCUCAGGUUAUUUGAGCAGCCUGUGUUGUCUCUAGGCAGGUGCAACUAAGAGUGGAAUACUCACGAUUAAAUAUAAGAUGCUGGAACUAGCGUUUUGCUGGUACAAAUUCCUGAA